AUGGGCUAUGAGAUUUUUAUUUUUGGAGAAGAAAUAGAUGUCACAAAAUACAAGCCAGAAGAUUUUGUACUGAGAGAAAAUAAAUGUAUUGCAUCAUUUAAUACUAAAGAAAAAGCUUCAUUUGCCAUUGAUGAUAUAAAUAAAUCUCAUAGCUGCAAGGCAUUUUUUACCACUGAAAUACGAAACUUGUUAAACAAGCCACUUUUAGAAUACGAAAAUUUACCAAAUCUCGAUUAUUUUAAUUUGAUUGAAAAUAAUUUUUACAAAGAAGAGCAGUUUAUUAUUUUGAAUGACAGUGCCUUGUCACUUCUUAAAAUAAAAAAUGAAGAUGUGUUAACCGAUUACAGAAAUAAAAUUAAUGGUAAUAUUAAAAUAUCAAGUACUGGUAUUUUUAUGAUUAACAGAUUUAAAAAUGCAUUGAAGUGUUAUGUUCAAGAUUUUACACAACCUUUUAAUGAUUUUUAUUUUGAUUCAGAUAUUUCUGAUGUAUUGUUUAGUAAUAGUGAUACAUUCAUGGCAGUGUAUACACAACACUAUGUUUAUAUUAUUGAUAUUUAUAAAGGGAUUAUAUUAAUUUCUAGAGAAUUAGAAGAAAUAGCUUUUGGUGCAGAAGAAUAUCUUGUAUAUUUUUUUAAUUCUAAAAAAGCCUACUGUCUAAGAUCUAAUCAAUUUUUAGAUUUUCCAAAGGAUUUAAAUGUAGUUAAAUGUAAUGACAAUCAGUCAUUUAACUUUUUUAAGGGUAAAUCUCAAAAAAUAAUUUACCAAACAAAUGGACAUAAAACUGUCAAAACACAAGCGAAUAUUGAAAAUAUUUAUUUUGGAUUCGUAAAUUCCUUAGGAUAUGCUUUUAUUACUAAAAAAAUUAAGGAUUCACGUUUGUAUUCUCUAGAAAUUUAUUGUGAUGAUAAAAUAUUUGCUAUUACUUUUGAUAACAAACCUAAAAGUUAUGUAGUGUCAGAUAAAAUGAUAGUUGUUUUUAGUAGCAAUAAUUUAGUAUUUUAUAGAAGAUUAGACAAAGUGUUUAGUAAAUUUAAAGAGAUUGAAAAGAAUGGAGAUAUUUUAUUAUCUUUGUUUGGUAAUGUCUCAUGCAUUUUUGAUGAUUUUACUGAAAAUUUAGAAUUUUACGAUAAGGGAGAAUUAAGAUGUGUAUAUUUACACAGAAAAUGUACUAAAUUACAAUGGUCUACAUCUGGACUGUAUUUAGCCGCCAUUUCCAAUGAAUCGGGUGUUUUACAACUUUUUAAUAAUAACGGUAAAUUAUUGUUUAAAAAAGUUUACAAUGUAUUUGAUAAAUUUAUCUGGAGACCUUUUAUUAAAUUAAAUAGUACAGAGAAAGAAAUGAUUAAAGAAUAUGAUUUGAAUAAAUAUAUUGAUGAUUUAAGUACAUCUAAAGUGGAGGAAUACAAUUUGGAUGUACUCAUUGCUAAUUGGAAAACUUUUUUGAUCGGUAAACAGAAGCUUUUACAGAAUAAAAAUUAA